AUGAUCGUGCAUUUCGUCUCGAAGCGGCAGCGUCCAAUUUGCGCGAUUGGAGCUAACGAUUUAUACAGCUACAAUACGUCAGUCAACUCAACCGUCGCUUACACUCGUUCUGUGUCGCAGAGCAGUUAUCGUCGUGAACCGCAAGGUUCCCAGAGCGCGUCUGAGAUUUGCCGUUCAUGGAAUGCCGGUGCGUGCAGUAGUCCGCGAGAGCUUUGUAGAUGUGCAGUAGUCCGCGAGAGCUUUGUAGAUUUCGCCACUGUUGCAAUCGAGCGAAGUGCGGCGGCCUUCGCCGCAGAAUCAACUGUCGCGAGGCGCGCGACAGGUCACCACAACGCCCGCAAAAUGCCUUACGAAGCCACCGAGCUAGAUCGAAAUGAACAACUGCGAAAAAUCUCAUCGUGCAUUUCUUUAAACUUUCCUGACGUUCAAACAAUUUCACCUAUAAACUUAACUAAUUUUGAAUUGCAAUUAAAGUCUCACUCGGAUCGCCGCAGGGUUGAUUACGUGUUAAACGGCUUGCGUUUUGGGUUUCAACUUGGUUUCCACUCGCACUUGUGUAAAUUAAAAUCGGCAACAUCAAACUGUAUCUCGGCCAGUGAGCAUCCGGCUGUGAUUGACGAGUAUCUAAAUAAAGAGGUUAGUCUUGGCAGAGUGUUUGGGCCCACAAAAACUCCACCGCUCAAGCAUCUCCAUGUUAGUCGAUUUGGCGUAAUCCCAAAGAAGGGAAACGCGUGGCGUCUUAUAUUGGAUUUGUCUUUUCCACUGCACAUAGCGUUAAUGAUGGCAUAG